AUGCCAGCGUGACGGGUUCCCCCCAGUGCCUGCCCCGGCCCCAGCGCUGCCCCGCGCUACGCCGCGCCGGGGCUGGUGCCGGCGCUGGUGCCGGCGCUGGGUAGCAGGAUGGGCUGUAUCCAGAGCAUCACCUGCAAGGCGAGGAUCCGGCGGGAGAACAUCGUGGUAUACGAUGUUUGCGCCACCAUCGACCAGUGCCCCACGCUUAUCGAAGAAAGCUCGCCCAUCGUCCUGCGGUACAAGACCCCUUACUUCAAAGCCUCCGCCCGGGUGGUCAUGCCCCCCAUCCCCCGAAACGAGACCUGGGUGGUAGGUUGGAUUCAAGCCUGCAACCAGAUGGAGUUCUUCAACACAUACAGCGACCUGGGCAUGUCAAGCUGGGAGCUGCCAGAUUUGAGGGAAGGGAGAGUAAAAGCCAUCAGUGACUCAGAUGGGGUGAGCUAUCCUUGGUAUGGGAAUACUACAGAAACUGUGACCCUGGUCGGCCCUACCAACAAGAUCUCGAGAUUCUCAGUCAGUAUGAAUGACAAUUUCUACCCCAGUGUGACAUGGGCUGUCCCUGUGAGUGACAGUAAUGUUCCCCUGCUCACGAGGAUCAAGAGGGACCAAAGCUUUACCACCUGGCUAGUGGCCAUGAAUACAACCACAAAAGAAAAGAUUAUUCUACAGACCAUCAAGUGGAGGAUGAGAGUGGACAUUGAAGUGGAUCCCCUGCAGCUUCUGGGGCAUCGAGCCCGGCUGGUGGGUAGGACUCAGCAAGAACAGCCUAAGAUCUUGAAUCGAAUGGAACCCAUUCCCCCCAAUGCACUAGUGAAGCCCAAUGCCAAUGAUGCCCAAGUCCUCAUGUGGAGACCCAAGCGAGGACAGCCUCUGGUUGUGAUACCUCCUAAAUAAAAUAUUCUUGUGUGUCUGGCACACACAGCCAAGGAGUGUAAUGAUGCUGUCAGGGCAUAGUGUGAACAAAACUGAAAUUCUGAGCCAAAGCAGACCUCUCGGGUUUGCCUGCCUUUGCAGCCACUAGUAAAAAGUGGGGUUGCUCUUCAGGCAGAGGAAUAAUAUUCCCUGGGAAGGUCCCUCCUUAUUGAGGAAAGGAAAUCACUGAUCUUAUGGACUUCCUGUGAUGUAUCCUAUGGGUAGCCAUACUUCAGGGCUGAUUAAGGAGGCUUCCUUUACCUGAACAACUAAACUGAAUCCUUUGCAGUGAGACACAAGGAAUGAAAACACAAUUAAUCAGUGCCUGUGGCAAAUGCUGCUUCCCAACCAUUAGAAGUGGAAAUGGAAAACAUCCAUACCAGGUGUUUGUAAGACAUACAGUCCUGAUGACUGAUCAGAGGGUGUUGUGAAAUGGGGUUGAAAGUUGGGUGGUAGUGGGGUGGGGUAAAGGGUAGAAAAAGGGGGAAGAGUUGUUACCCUAUUUAUACCUAUGCAUUUUAAUUGAUAAUCAAGUGGUCAAUGUGUUCAUUGGAAUGAAAGGAAUGUUUACAAAGAGGGGCAAAUAGGGGUGGUGUGGGAAUGUGUUUUAAAUUGUGAUGGAGCCCAGGCUGCAGAGAACUGUCCUAGGUGCUGAAGCAAAGUACAAUGUGAACUGCCAUUGGUUUCAUCAACCUUCCUCUUUCCAAUCAUUAUUUAUUCUGAGUAAUUUUAAGUAUAGUAUUUUGCAUGCAUAGUUCCUGUAUUCUACAGUAGCUAUGAUGUUUGGAGCCUCCCCACAUUGUCAGUGAAAUCCAAAUUGGGAUUUCCUUUAUAACUGAUCUACUCCUUCCACACUACCAGCCCUGACUUUGCAAAAAGAAAAGCAUUUUAAAUGAAUGGUGGAGCCACAAAUCCACUUAAGGAUUCUAGAGUAUUUUGACUAACUUGACCAGUAUUUCCUUUCUAUUUGUUUAGCAUUUGAAUGGCUGGCAGGUCCUAUGGGAUGCAUAUAUCAAGUAAAUAAUAACACUACACACAGGUUCUGCAAAUAAUAAUGUACUAUAUGUGCAUAUGUAGUACAUAUACUAUAUAUUCAUAUAUAUACAUAUAUGUAUGCUCCAUUUUAUAGCAGAUUCAAAUAACUUUUUAGAUGAAUGGGUGUUUGUGAAAAAUGGUUUAUCACAGGUUACCUACAGAGUUUUAAAAAAGGAAAAACAAUUGUCUUCAAACAGAUACCAACAUAGCAUUUUAGAACUGGAAGAAACUUUUCAGAAAUUUUGUAUUCCAGGAAUCAGAUAAUUUUAAAUGGUGGGCCAUUCAUCAUUAAAUCACAUCAAUAUGAGACAUACUAUUGACUCAAGUGGGUCCAUCCUCCAAUAUCAGAAAACUUUGUAUAUUUUAAGGCAUCCUAAUUUAUUUCCCUUCAGGCAAAUUAGAAAUUUAGCUGAAAAGAAGGCAAACCAUGGCAUUGUUUAUUUUACUAGACUCCUCAUUCAAAAUAUUUAAUGAACUUCAAUUUUAAAAUCCAUACAAUGCCCUAUACACUGAACCUUGUGAGCUUCAUAUUUUAGAAUGAAGAAGCUAGGAUACAGAAGGGAUCUAACAAAUUUGUAGACAGAUAGGACUUCAAAGAUCUAUUCACUGAUAUGAACCACUGUUUUGAAGGAUCUGCUGGCAGUUAGUUUGAGGAGUCUGAAAGAGUAAAUUAUAAUUGCUUGUGGGAGGAGUUAACAGAUUUUCUACUCAUGCUAAAAAUGAUGCUGGUUUUAUUUCUUUCCUGAAUCUAUCAUGAAAUGGUUAAAUUAUAUGUCCAAAAUGAAUGAGGGCUGGACUUUAAAUUCCUGACUUUUACUUUUCUACCCUAACUACUAGAUACUAUCUAAUAGAUUAGCUAUUGACAGUAAGCAGAUUUAUUUAUGACUAACACAUUAGUAACCCACCUGUGAGUUACAAAAGACCUAGAAAUAUUCCAUUUAGAAAUAAUUUGGUCAUUGAAUUUGUUAUCCCCCUUUCCCUUCCCUUUCUUCUUUGUUUGCUGUGGGAGGUUUGUCCAACGAGGGGGAUCUUCAUGGUUGGAGAAUGGAUUUGUUCAGUCUUCACUCUGUUAAUCAAAAUCAACAGUCUACAGCAGCACUGAGUAGGGGGAAUAUGGUGUAAUGGAGAGAGCACUGGAUGGAGUCAAAGAUCUGAGAUUCAAGUCUCAGUUCCACCAUUGACUUGUUAGAUGACCAAAAUGACCACAGAUCCUUAUUGGACAAAUCACUUUGCCUUGUUGGUUUUUCAAAUCCCUCAUCUAUAAAAUAGGGAGAUUGGAUUGAUUAGAUAAAAAGAUAAUCUCUCUAGUUCUAACAGUCCACAAUUCCUAGCAUAGUGUAGUAGGAAUAAAAACUGGAUUAAAUCAAAGAACCUGGGUUUGAAUCUUGCUAAUCACCAGCUAUGUGACUGUUAGCAAGCCAAUUACCUUCCCAGCACCUCAGUUUCCUCAUUUGUAUAACUAAAGAAAUCAAUUAGAUGAUCUCCAAGGGCCUUUCCAGAUCUAAAGAUAUGAUCCUAUGAUUCUUACAAAUGUCACCAUGAUGGGGGUUCUGAUGUCAGUCCUGAAGGCAAACCAACUCAGCAAAAAUGUUUUUCUUAUUGAAUAUACUGGGAAUCAUAGAACCACUGUGGAGUGUAUACUCUACAGAUUUAAGAGCAUAGACCUUUAAGAAAAAUCUGAUAAAUUAGAAUAUGAACUUUGGAAAAACAAAGGAUGUUCGGGCGUCAUUUGCAUUGGAAAAUGAUUCUUUACUUUAUUGAAAGAUUCACCACAGGGUUCUUUUUCCCCUUGUAUAUUUAAAAUUGGAUUUGAUUUAUGCAAAUUAUCUUUAUCCUUAACUUUUUCAGGAAUUCAUCUAUUAUAUGUAAAGUAAGGCAGAAUACAUUGUUAACCUGAGCAUUUUCUUAACCUUAUACUUUUCAAAUUUCUUCCAAUGCAAAGUCUGGUUCCUUGGAGCUUUUGGAGUUUAGAGAACACUUGGAGAUCAUCUAAUCCAUGUCUGUCAUUUUUUAGGUGAAGAAACUAGAAAGAGUAAACACUUUUUUUUUUCAAAUAUCAUGCCUCUAUCUAGUUAGUGGUAGAUGCAAGAAGAAAAUUUGGGUCAUCCUAUCUCUACCCCAAUCUUGUUUCUACUAUCUUCCACUGUCCCUCAGAGCAAAUGUGGAAGAUUCUGGGAGAUAAGGUGAUAAUGAAAUGAAGAUAAAUGUGCUUAGACAUGGUAAGCAUGCAGUGCAUCUAGAUCUUGGCUGUCAUCAUCAUCACCAAUGUGGAUAUAUAUAUAUAGAUAUAUAUGUACGUAUAUAUAUUUAUAUAUUUAUGUGUAUAUGUAUAUAUAAGGACUACAGAGCAAGAAACAGAUGAAAUAGAGGACUAGAUGUAGAGUCAGAAAGACUUGAGUUCAAGUCUUAUCUCUAAUACUUAGCAGUUUUGUAAUCCAGGCCAAAUUUCAUAGCUUCUUUGAGCUCCAUUUUCCUCAUCUAUAAAAUGAAAGACCAGAUAACCUCCAACUCUAAAUCUACAAACUCUAAAAAUAUUGAAGCCAAAUAAGCAAUAGAGCUAUGGAAUAUUUUAAAGUUAGCAUUUUUCUAUUAGAAAGUAAUUCUCUCCCCUUCUGGGUACCCUGGCUUCUUACCUCCCCACAAGUCAGGAUUAUAUCCAUGAAAGGGUUCUUAAAGAAAAGAAGCAACUACCUCAAAGUAAUAAUGGCUAACAUUUAUAUAAAGCUUUAAGACUUGCAAAAUUAUUUUAAAAUAUUAUCUUAUUUGAUUCUCACAACACUUGGAGGUAGGUGCUGUAAUUAUCCUCAUUUUAUAGAUGAAGAAACUGAGCUAGAUAGAGAUUAAGUGAUUUGUCUGUGGUCACAGAGUUAUUAUUUGAGCCCAAAUCUGAACUCAGGUCUUCCUGAACCCAGGUCUGAUGUUCUAUUCAACUGUGACGUCUAGUUGCUUCAAAGCACUUUGCAGCUUACAGAACUUUCCUCACAAUUCCCUAUGAAAGAAGUAGUACCAGUAUUCUGGUCCCCACCCUACAUGUAAGGAGAUUGAAACUCAGAGAGAUUAAGUCAUUUGCAAAUAAUCCCACAGCUAGGAAAUUCCCUCUCUAGGAUCCAGACCCGACUCUCCUGACUCUGUCUCAAAUUUGAGUUACUACUGGGAUUCCAUUCAGGCUUCCUUCCCUCUGAGCAUGGCUGGGCCCCAAUACCAAAUGCUGUUGGUUUGGAGUUUCAGAUUUAGAGCCAGGAUAAAUUGCAGAGGAAAAGUCUUGGCACCAUGGUAGCAUUCAUUUUCCAAGUAAAUUGAGCAUACGGCUCUUUUGCCUUCUGGUUCUAUCUAUAUUAGCAACCAGAUCAUGUCAGAGACAUUUAUUACCCUACUGCAAAGAAUCAUUGAACUAUAAGGACCUCUACCCUCCCCUCUCUCCUAUUUAACAGAUAAGAAAACUGAGGAGCCGUAAUGCUAUAAGUACUGAUCAACACUAGUUAGUGGAAGAAAUAAGAGAAUUUCUGGUUUCACUCUAGAGAUUCUGGUAUUAUUCUAUAAAGUCCUAUUUCUACAGAACUAUAUAAAAAGUGAUCUUGUCCACCUUAUUUCAGUCCCAUAUCUUGAACAAACCUGCUUCUAUUUUAAAGUAUCUGUCCUGAAUCCUUCAUCCACAAAUUGAUUAGUAGCAGAUCUGGACACAAAUUGAUUUAUUAUUUGUAAAAAAUAUUUCCAUUCAGUCCUUCCAACUUCUGUUUUGAAAUAGGCUCCUCACUUAAACUUUUUGCUGCAUGGAUUUGGAUUCCUGUGUCAUGCGUUUCUUAACAUGAGCUAAAACUAGGCAGAUUAGGCAGCCUCUUAUUUUAGAAUUCCAUUAUUCUAUAAUUUGGGUUCAUAGCAGGUCCAUUAGCUAUGAAGUGGUAUAAAUGACAAUGAUUUCAGGAUGAAAAGACCCAAAUUAUUGCUUUGUCAUUUGCCAGCUCUAUGUCCCUUGGCAAAUCACUUGGCUUUUCUGAACUUCAUUUUCUUCAUCAAUAAAAGGGAUGUGAUAGGACAUUAAGCCCCUUACAAGGAGAGAAUUUUGCAAAUCUUAGAGUAUUAUGCAGAUCUGAAUUGUGAUUGUUUAUCCAUAGCUCAUAUUUUAUCCUCAGUCCUUUCAAAUGUCAUUUUUUAAAAGUACCUCCUACUAUGCUAAAUGCCAAGCCAGCACUGGAAGUAACCUCUCAAGGACCAGCACUGUGAUCUAAAUAAAAAAUGGCUAUGGGCAAGAAAGCACCCUUAAGAACACUAAGUUUUCCCUCAUAUUUGGUUAUGGAUAGAACAGUUUGGAGGUAAAAGAAGUGAGAAUGGGGAAACAACACAAGUUGCUCUGGUAUCAAUGAAAGUGCAUGGAUUUUUAAAUCAGAGGACUUCAGUUCAAACCCAGCCUCUGCUCACUUACUAGCUCUUAGACUUUCCCCAAAUUCCUUCUUGUCUCUAAGCCUCAGUUUCUUCAUCUGUAAAAUAAGAAUAUUUGACUAGAUGUCCUCUAACAUCCUCUCUGGCUUUAGAUCCAAAAAUCCUACCUCUGCCAUUGUGGUUCACUCAACCUAUCAAUGUCUUAAAUGGGCAUUUGAACAUAAAAAGAUGAGGAUGUAGCCACUUCAUAGACAGAUACUAUUUCCAUGACUUUAUGAUCCCCAAAAGAUAAACAAAAUCCCAAAUCCUGUAUAUUCCUUUUACUACUCAGGUGGUCAUAGGUAAAACAUUUCCUUUCUUGAAAUUUUAUUUUCUCAACUAAAAAUGAAGAGCUUAAACUAUGAUUUCUGAUAUGCCUUCCAGUUCUAAUAUCCUCUGACUCUAUGAAAUGGACCAAAUUGAGCUGCCUAAGGCUCUAGGAGUCUUUAAAUGGUGGCCGUACCCAAUAAACCAAGAGGUCAGAAAUCCUAGUCAUCAAACAUAAUAGGCUCCCCAAAAAGGGAGGGGGGAAAGAAGCGGGAAACACUGAUCCUGAAGUAGAAACUAUCCAUGGCUGAGCAAAAGCCCUGGCACCAAGGAACUCCCAAUACAGCUGAUAGCAAGCCCAGCCAGGCGGGUUGUUGGGGGAGAGGCAGGGGAGUGAGAUGAUGCCUUUCUUAGGUUCCGUUGGCAUAUAGAGCAUCCCUGUGAGGGCUGAGGGGACAAUUACAUAUCAACCAAGAGGGCUCCCAACUGGGAUACAAACAAAGAUGUAAACAUAUGCACACAUUCACCCUUCAAGCUGAAAAGAAAAUUAAUCAAAACCUGAUGAACGGCUGAACUCUAUAAUUAAGCCCAAAAGAUCCUUACACAGAAAAGGAGCCGAGUGAGCAAGCUUGGUGUUAGGCAGUUAUUUUUACUCCAAGGUCUCAUUGCCGUGAAUGCCUUUUGAGUCCUUGAGCACAUCUGGUUCCAAUCUCCUCGGUAGAAGAACAUCUAGCCAUCAGAAAUCUUCAGUGAGUCUUGAGGCCAUAGAAUGGGCUGCUUGGGAGGUUCUCCCUUUCUCAAGGUCAAAGACUGAAUGACCACAUGGCCAGUGUAUUGUGAUAGGAAUUUUUUCUCAGGUUUGUCAUUCUCCAUCACUGAGAGACUACUGUAUGUAUGUGUGUAGAAAUAGGUGGUGGUUGAGGUCCUUUGUAACUCUGAAAUUCUAUGAUUCAGUAUUACUGAGAUUACAGAUAAGGAUCAACCUCAAAGCAAUUUGCCCAUUCCCCGCAGUCUGUUGAAAGCCCUUCUGUAUGAAUAUAGCCAGAAAUAACAACUCACUUUCACAUAGCAUAAAUUACAUUGUGAUUAUCUCAUUUGAUACCCACAACCUCUCAGGAAGUCUGGGUUAUGUUUUUAUCCCUAUUUUACUGAAGAGGAAACUGAAGGUCAACCCAGUUGAAUAACUUGUCUAAUGGCAAGUUGAGUCCUGGAGAAUUUGCCCAGUCAGAAUUGGAACCCAGAUUUUCUGAGACUCCAGGAUAAAAAGAGGAGCUAUACUGCUAUCAUUGAAGACAGUGAAAGACUCUAGGUGGCCUAAUAGAUACAGUAAAUCUUCAUUGUAAAACAAUUCUCUACAGCAUGAACUCAACUCUGAGAAUCAAAAAAUUUCCCACCCACUUACAUAAUGAGAAAGAAUGCAUUUCUCCUUAGAACAUAGGAACUUGCUUUCUGUGAUGCUGAUUGCCAUGAGAACAACAUUACAGUGGGCUUCUAGUAGGCAAAUAAAAUGUUUACCCUGCGCCCAUAAAAAAUUCUCUUGCCAGCUCACAUUUCACUUGAGAGGCAGGUUUGUAAGUAAUAAAAGCAAUUAAGAUUGUGUUCUUCUCCACCUGCCUAAUAUCAUUGUUCAUGGAGGAUAGAGUGAGAGAUUACAUGCCUCGUGAACUUAACAUUCUGGGGAUCACUUGGAACUGGUGGAGUAAACUCUCCAUAAAAGACUGGGCACCCCUAACUGCAAAUGACUCCCUAGGGAUGACCAGAGUAUUCACUGCCCUAUGGAUACCCAGGAUGCCCAUCAAGUCCUUAUCUUCCAUGGAGAACUAGGUCCUACAGACCAUCUAUCUUUCCUGCUUUGUCCACAGGCCAAUGUCUCUUGCAAAGAAGUCAGGUCAAUAUGUUUUCAUGAUUUGCCCAGCAUCUAUCACUACUUCACCAUCCCAUCCAACUCCCUUCAGGUCACUGCAGAAAUGUGACCAAAAGGAUUCCUACUGUUGGAAUUAAAUCACAGAUAUUUCACAUGGGGGUAGGGGGGCCUAGGAAAAACCCAGAACUAAAACCUAGGUCCAGAGAGGAGCUAGACACUGAUGGGCUAGGAAGGAAAUAUUUCAGUCUGGAAAUCUUUGCCUGGCACUGUAGGGAGCAACCCUAUCGAGAUGUUCCAAGAACAUUUUAAAAAGAGAAGAUAGUGUUGUACUGAAUCUUCUAUGCCCUGCUCUUUCACUAACCAACUGUGUGACCUUAAGUAAAUGACUAUACUGCCCAAUGCCUCAGUUUCUCCAACUGCUAAAUGAAGAUCAUAAUACCUUCCCUGUUUAUCACAUAAUUAUUUUUCUGGGGUUUUUAAGCCCUUACAUUCUUAGAAUCAGUACUGAGUAUUGAUUCCAAGGCAGAAGAGGGGCAAAGGUUAGGCAAUAGGGAUUAAGUGACUUGCCUAGGGUCACACAAUGAAGAAAUGUCUGUGGCUAGAUUUGACCUCAGGGUCUCCCAUCUCUAGACCUGGCUUUCUAUCCACUGAGCCACCUACCUGCCCACUUCACUGCAUAGUUGUGAGAAUGAAAUGAAAUACGUAAACAAAAGAACAUGGCAAAGGUAAACACGUUCUACCAAUAAUACCUUUAGUGUUAUAGUAGCUAUAAUAUUGCUACUAUAGAGGGUGUCCCAAAAGUCUUAGGGAACUAUUAAGCCAUUAAAUCUUAAUAAAUCUAUGAUCUCAGCACACUGAAGUCAGAUUUUAGCAAUAGGAAUGCAAUCCUUCCAUGGACAUAAUUGACUUGCUGGGAGAUAAUGAGCCAGGGUGCCCAAAAGGAGAAAGAGUUACUUCCUAAUAGAAAAACGCUAACUUUAAAAUAUUCCAUGUCUUUAAGACUUAGAAGCUCAAAACUGCACUAAGACUUUUGGGACACCUUGUACUACCACACCUGGGGCUGAUCUAUAGGCACUUGUUAUGUUUUAUUAAUAUUCUAUAGAGGCUUUAUCUUGAUUUAUUUAUAUUUAUCUUGAGGAUGUUUUUUUUUAAUCUUCCCUCUUCUACACACAAGAAUAUGGAGCCAUUCAAUUAAAUGCAGGAAGAGGGAAGAUGACAGAGUAGAAAGAACACUAAAUUUGGAAUCAGAUGUUCUAGGUUCAAAUCCAAGUGCUCCUCUUGUACCAUUGGCUGAAUCACUUAACUCCUCCUGCUUUUUUCUUCAGUAAAAUGAUGGAUUUGGGCUUCAUGACCUCUAAGAUCCUUUUUACUUCUAAACCUAUGAUCCUGUAACACUAAGAAAAUACCAAGCUAAUUUUUGAGAAUUUCUGAGUGAAAAACUGCUCUAAAAAAAAGGAGAAAGCUUAGCUAUUGAUGACUUACCAAGGGAAGAAAAAGGGCACGUAGGAACAUUCUUGUGUGACACUGCAAUGAGCAAAUUGUCUAGAACUUCCUAGAGGCAUUUUGGAAGGCAGAGAAGUACUGCACUCUCAUUACGGGAUGGAGUUGAAAUCUCUGAAGGUUUCACCUAAUUUGAACCAUAGUCAAUAAGGGACCUGAGGCUUUUGCUCUCUCAUGGUUGCUCAGCCAUUUUUCAGCCAUGCCUAACUCUCUGUGAACGCAUUUAGGAUUUUCUUGGCAAAGAUUUUGGAGUGGAUUACCAUUUCCUUUUUUUAGCUCAUUUUGCAGAUGAGGAAACUGUGAAUGGCUUUCUCAGGGUCACACAGUUAGGAAGUAUCUGAGGUCAUAUUUGAACUCAAGAAGAUGAGUCCUUCCUAGCACUCUAUCCACUGCACUACAUGGUUGCCCUUUACUCUCUUGGCCCAAGAGAAUAAAUGUAAAAUACAUAUCCUUCAAAGAGACCUUUACAGUUUCUAAUUGUGGGGGGACUAUCUCUAGAGAGCACUGUGUCUCACAAGUCUCCCUACUCCCCCUCCCCUGACACCUUUCUAUAUUCCACACUAGGUCAGUCUUACCCUUUAGCCACAUAGAAUUUCAUGAAUCCUUAGUGCUGGUCCUUAAUGUUUUUUUAAUAGAGUCUCCUCAUUCUCCCAAGACAUUCCUACUUGGACCUGCCAGAGACUUCUCUGGACCAGCUCCUCUUCCCCAAAGUUGAAUUUUAAACCUCAAUACUCUGGCCUAAAAGAUAUUAGUUAUUCUGUGCAGCUGGAGAGCAGUCCUUUCAAGAGACCAUCUUUCUCCCUCUACAUAUUCAAAUUUGAGGCAGGAUUUGGAGGAGGGAUGGCAAAGGUUCUUAUGGUGGUCAAACACAAGGUUCCUAUUCUCCAUGCCAGAUCCAACUCUAGGCUUUCCUAACUAGAGAAAUGUAGGUCAAUAUCUAAAGAAGACAAUUGCUGGAUAACAGGAAGGAGAGAGAAAAACUUACUAGAAGUGAGAUGAAAAGAAGUCCAGGAGAAAGACAGAAGUAGAGUUUAUUCUGCUUUGUUACUAAUCAAAGAGGAUUUACAAGACACUUGGAGUGGGGUGGGGGGCUUCAGGAAAAGACAGAAUAGAGAGAGUAAAACCCAAAAUGUUGCACUUCAUUCACAGUGCCUGGCAUACAGGAGGUGCUUAUUAAAUACCUAUUAAAUAAAUUAAUACUCAUACUCUAUAGGUGGCCUACAAGAAGACAUGAAAAUAAAGGAUUAAGGCAAAUCCCUCUGUACAGGAAGAGGCCAAAUGUAGUUACUGACUUAGCCUGUUCUGUACCAAAAUGGACCAAGAAAUCUACACUACAAAGAUUUUAGAGGUCAUAGAUUUUAGAGCUGCAAAGCACCUUAGAGGUUGUCUAUAUUUUACCCAAGAGGAAAAUGGGUGCUGGAGAGGUUUAAGUGACUUAUCCAAAAUCCCAAUUAGUAACAGAAGAAUUUUUAUCAUCACUCCUUCAUUCCCCUCCUGGUCCUGGUUCCUGACUUCCACUGAACUUCCAAAUCAUGCUUCUCCUGCUGUGGAAUCCUAGAAUUUCCUUCAAUAUCUUGGGCCUCCUUGCCCUGCUGCCUUCAUACCCUAAAAUAUUCUAAUCCUGCAAGGUCAAGUCCCUUCUGCCAUUGGUGGCUUCCUUCUGGUGCCUCCAUUGGAUGAUGGAGUCCUCUUAGUCUCAGUCUGGUGUUCUUUCCUCUCUUCUACUCUGAACCCUAAGACCCAAAAAGGGUUAGUUUAGCCCUUUACUCUUUUACAAAGUUGGCUAUUCUAUCUUUGAGAUAUAAAAGCUAGGAACUCCUUCCUGGGUGGCCCUCAUAAAGAUGGAUAUUAUGGGCAGGAUGCCUGUGGAGGAGCAGAAGGACACUGAAGAAAAAUAUAUACAUGGCCCUUUGGAAGUAUUUUCAACAAACCUUUGAGAAAAAUAACCAGUUAUUUCCUCCAGCUGUUUUUGCCCCUAUCUCCACCCUUCAAACCAAUUAGGAUAUUCACCACAAAGGCCUGAUCCAAUGAAAUGUUAAUUGGAAAAAUAACAGGAAAGAUAAUGCAUACACUUCAGACUGAGAACCAUUUCAUUAAAUUGGAUUUUGAAAUCAAGACAGCCAAUUAAAUUAUUUCCCACUUCACUCACUCACGUACCAGAAACUGUGGAAAGCUAUUACUUUUAAUUAAUUAGUAAAGAAAAGGAAGACUCUGCAUCAGCAUAUCAGAUGAAUGGCUACUGUGAACAUUGUUCCAUCUCUAUACAGAUUCACACUGGUGGGCAUACACACACAUAAAUACAUAACUCUGAACCUUAAGAUAUCCAAAUGCAAUUUUUAAAAGAUCUGCUCCCCAGAGUGACUCCCCCAAAAUUGAUGGAAAUGAAAUGCCAUCUUUCACCAUUAACUAUCAAAGGAUUUUUAAAAAUAAUCAUUCUUUUGUUGAACUCAGAUUCAUUCAUAGGAGUAUAGAUAAAGCUAGAAGGGACCUUAGAACUUAACUAAGUCUAAACUUCUCAUUUUAUAAAUGAGGAAACUAAGGCCGACUAAAUCUUCUAAGGUUACAUAGGAAGUAGCCACUGAUGCUUUGACAAAGUCAAAAUCUAAGUAAGAAAAGAUCCCUGACCUCAUGGAGGCAGCAAGAUGGUACAAUGGAGUCAGGAAAACCUGAGUUCAAAUUUAAUUUUAGACACUUGCCAGCUGCAUUGCCCCUGGGAAAGUACCUUAACCUUUCCUUACCUCAACUUCCUCAAUUAUAAAAGGGAGAGAAUAAUAGAUCCAACUUCCCAGGGCCUUUGUGAGGUUCAAAUGAGAUAAUAAUUAUAGAGCACUUAGCACAGUGCCUGGCACAUAGUAGGUGCUAUAUAAAUGCUUAUUUCCUUCCUUUAUUUGUCGGGGAGGAGGAUGAGACAAACACAAAAUUGACAAUACUGAAAUAAAACUAAUAAUGCUCAAAAAAUAUUCACUCAAUUCAUUGGAGAGGUGCAGAAUGAAAAGCAGCACAGCCUUUCAAGGAGUUCUCUAGAUUAAUUUAAGACAGUGGUGUCAACUCAAAUAGAAAUGAGGCAUCUCAAUUGUACAGAUAGAUCCCUGCAAGUACAUAUGGGAUAGGGAUGGGGGAAGCAUAUGAAUAUUAUUUAGAUUUGAUUGUACUUUUAAUUUAUUUUCUUAAAUAUUUACCAAUUACAUUUAAAUCUGGUUUGGGUCUUCUAGGGGCAUUUUUCACACUUUUAGAAUAAAAGGAAGAGGACUGUGGGGAGAUUAUAUAGACCCUCUGCAUACAGAUUUAUUCAACUGGUUCCUACUCACCCAAUCACAAAAGAGUUCCACAGUCCUGACCAAUCUCAGAGCACCAGCUCCAAUAGGGGCUCGUACUACUCCUUUUGACCAACACUGUGAGGGUGCUGCUAUAAAUCAGGGCCAAUCAUCAGGACAUCCAUUGAGCCAUUUAAAAAAUAUAUUCCAGGCUUCCAAAGAGUCUCAGUUCAUGCCUAUUGACCUGACACACAAGGGAGUCUUAGUUAACUUUUUAAACAGCUGAGCUUCAUCAGGGUUUAAUUGGAACAAUUAUGCAAAAGUACUUGCUGAGUCAAUGGCCUUCCCAGAUCUUUUUCUGCCUCAGAGAGUUGCAAGAAUGAGCCUUAGGUGACUGGUUCUACCACUCAUUUCCCAUACUUCUUGCCCUGGUUAAAAGAUCACAGAAUACAGUCAUAGAACUUCAAUGGUCUUUAGAGAUUCAUCUAACCCAACUCCCUUAUUUUAUAGAAAAGUUAGGCAAUUUGCCCAGACAGAUCCAGAACCAGGAUAUGAACUCAGCACUUCUGGUUUGAAAUCUAAUGUUCUUUCCACUACACCACAGCCACCCAUGCCUAUCCUGGCUUUUCCUUUAGGAAUGAAGCAUCAUUGGUCACUUCAACAACUCCUUUCUUAACACCCAUUUUAUUUGCAUUUUUCCGUGUCCAUAUACAGGUCUCCUGGUAGGACAAGGCAAGUCCAGCCAACAGAACCACAUGGCAGAACCUAGCAGGAUAUAAAUGAGAAAUGGCCUGUGGCUCUCGAAGCUGAAACCCUGGACAGAUGCUUCCCUGCUAAAAAAUAGUACCAUCCAGCCUCUUUCCUCACCAUCUUCCCAUUUCUGGGACCAGAUGCUUCCCAUCCAACCUAACCCUGUGUUGCCAUGAGAACUUUGCCAUUGGUUUUCUGGGAGUCAUUUGGAAUGGUCUGCCGGGAGCUGUGCAGAAGUGGGAGUGCCUGCUGAAUCUAUGUCUUGCAUAGAAAGAUUAACUUAAUUUAAACAGAAAGUCCAUCUCUCCCCCUGCCCUUGGUGAACCACUCCAGGGGCAAAGAUUUGCUCAACUCAGACUUCAUGGUACCAGCCACCAGGGCUCUGUCUCCUGACUUUCUUAUUGGAUGGCUGCUGUUCAGCCUAGAUAGGCUUGGGGUGGGCAGAAGGGAGAGCAUUUGUUUCUUCCAUUUCUCCUUUCUUCUCUUUGCCCCCAAACCCCAUACCCACCUGAUAUCAAACAAGAAGGCAGGAUGUGACAAACUAGCAUUAAGAAUUUUCUCAAGGCAGUCCAAGGACAUUUCCAUAUGGGAAGGGCCUGAGGAAAGUGGAGACAAAUUCCCUCUGUAGAAACUUUGUCACAAGGACCAGGUAAAAUUGGAUGACCAUGCCAGAAAGUUCAGAAGUUGCAGAAAGUCAAGUGUGAGCAUGCAGGGUUUCUUUGGGGUUGACACUGGCAAGAGGGGAGAACCACCCAAAAAAUCACCAUUUAUUCACUCAUUUGUUCAUUUUCUGGCUUUUGCAUUCAUAUAUGUAUUUUUAAGUAUGUGUUUAUUAUAAACUAGAAAGUGGGAUUCUAUAUGAAACAAAUAGCCUUAGUUUUACCCAUAGGACUGAGCAAUACAAUCUUCUUUGGAGCCAUAGAGAAGGGUAAUAGAAUCUAAAGUUGGAAGGGACCAUUGAGGUCAUUGUAUCCAAUCCCUACAUUUUACAGAGAAAAAGAAGGCACAGAGAAUUGAGGUAGUUUACCCAAAGCCACACAGCCAGGGAAAGACAAAGCUGAUGUUCAAACCCAGGUCCUCUGAUUCCCCCAAAUUAGAGCUCUUACCACUGAGUGCUCCAAAAAACAUUCUUUCUAAGGUUUGAAUUCAUUCUCUCAAAAACCCCUCUCCUCUCUUGGAAUGCUAAUUCCAAAUUCCAAAUUCCACCACUGGGGUGAUGAGACCAUUUUUGAAAUUGAAAGGGAAAUUUGACAUCCAGCACAACUUUGGAUGAGAUGGCCUCUAAAGUCCCUCCAAAAUCUAAUCUCAGUCUAGGGUUUUAUGAACAAAACCUCUCUUUUUAUCAUUGACAAAACUGAGGCCCAGAGAGGGGCAGUGAUUUGCCUAAGGAUGCAUAGUUAAUAGCAGAGCCAAGACUGGAACCCAGGUCUCCUGACUUAGUCCAGUGCUCUCUCCAUUACCUCAUGCUUCAAGGCCUUUAUUGUUCCUAUUGAAUUUUCACUUCUAACCCCAUGUAAUGUUGGAGUAGGAGGUUGCUGUCAGUCUCCAACCUACCAGUUAAGGAUCUGGGUCCCUUGUUAUUUAUUUGCCGUCCUCCAAAGGCCCUUCAGCUCUAAGAUCUAGUGUUUCUUUAAGCAUGAAGAAUAGGACUGUGGAAUAAGUCAAUUGGAAAAAGAAGCAAUUAUUUUUACCCUUCCUCCUACUCCAUUCUUCUCACUGAAUUUCCCCCCAUUCCUUAAAUCCGACCUGCAGUAGAUUUCAAAGGUAGAGGGACAAGAAAGUACCAAAGUGUUGGAUUUAUUUUUUCUAACAUUAAAAAAACAGGACCAGACAUAAGGCUUCAAAUAUUUAAAGCAAUCUUCAUGUAUUUGAAGGGCUGUCACAUGGAAGAGGGAUUCUAUUUGUUCUCCUGAAAGGCAGAACCAAGUAAAAUGAAUAGAAAUUGCAGAAGGGCAAAUUUGGGCUUGAUUUAAAGGAAAACUAUCUAAUAAUUAGAGCUGUCCAAAAACAGAAUGGUGCAAUUCCUUUGACUAGAAGUCUUUGAGGAAAGACUGAUCACUCAUUGAGAUGAUGAAAGAAGGGAUUCUUGGUCAGAAACAGGUUGAGCUAAAUGGCUUCUGAAGCACUUUCAAACUCUGAGAUUGUGAGAUCCCCAAAAAGAGCCACCAGGCCACCCUGGUUCAACAUAUGGGAGAUCCAAGAACAGAAAUCUACCAAUCCUACCAGGUUCUUUUCCAAAAGUCCCCACCCUCCUUCUCUACUUCUUCCACCAUCACCAGAUAUUAAGACUCCAAAGGUUUCUGAUAAAAUUCAUUGAAGUUCUAUUUUCCAUCUUGGAAGUAAAUCUUCACUUACUUCUCAUGCCCUAUACCUGAGGCUUUCCUUGGGUCUCCUAGAUUAAAUCCUAAGUGGCACUUGAAGAAAGAGGGCAUAUUCCCAAAACAAAAAGUCAUCAAGAUAUCAAUGGCACUGGUUUAUGUCCAAUAUUUGUUGGUUGACUGAACGGUAUCACUAUGGGUCUUUCUAACCUUGAAAAGGUACUCCAUUGCUGGGGAGAGUACAUUCAUGUAUAUAGGAGGGGAUAUAUCAUCCAAGUCUAUAGGCACACAGAAGUUCACUUUCAAUGGAAUUAUGAAAUAGGAACAUUUCACAACUUUCAGUAUCUCUUAUUCUUUGAACUCUCACCAUUGUAUUCAUGAUGGGUCUACAUGAACUCCAGAAUCCACAUGUAAUAUAUACAAUAGCUUAUUGCCAAGUAAGCAAAAUAAUCACUGGUACUUGGUUAUUUCUCACUUUCCCCUAAUCCUCCACCAUAAAUUAUGCUCUCAGAACAUUCCCCAGAUAUCCCCAGAUAUUCACUAAUGUCUUCUAAACCCCACUCCAUCUCAAGUAAGCCUGCCUUCCCAGUAUACCUCUCUAUUCCUGGAUCUUCACCCAGGACAAAGCUUACUUGUUAUCCAUUCUCCUGCUCCCUCCAAGUCUUGACCUUUGUUAUGUGCCAACUUGAGCAAUCUAAUCACCGGCUCUUCCAUAAGGUCUUAGUGGGUGCUAAAAGGCUGAAUUAUUAUGCCUCCUAAGUAAACACAUCAUUUAACCUAGACUUCCUAGAAAUUAUGCCUUAAGCCAAAAGAAUGAUUAAUGGUGGACAUUUCAGGCACUCUAGUAGACCCAUAGGGGAGCUAUAUUUAGUCAGAUGCAUUAAUGGGAGGUAUUUUUAGAAAGGCAAGUUUCUCAAAUUCUGCCAAGAUGUGGGCUCCCUACCCCAAUUAUGGGUAGUUAACAUUAUCCAUACACAAGCCAAUAUACACAAACUUUCCACUGUCCCGAAGUUCUCCUUUUUUAGUAUCCCUAUAUUGGUGCAUACAAAAAAUGAACCAGCCAAAUUAACUAAAACCUAAGAAAUUUAAAGUAUCAGCCUCCACUUCACUGUCUAGCAACCACCUGACUUCAACCUACCCCCUUGUGCUCCCCUGAUAUCACCUGUUUUGCUUCUUUACAUUUCUCCUCCUUGGUCCUGUCCUUUCUUUGCAGUUGUCCUUUUGAAUUGUAUGGUGUUUAAUGUUACCAAGGAAGGGAAAGGAGGUUCAGAACACAAGCAUGUAUGUGUGUGCAUAUGUGUGUGAGUGUGUGUCAUUUUGGAGAAAGAGAAACCAGGUAUUCUGCUUUGGUUUGGAGAAAACCCCAAUGAUGGAAAAGAUGAAAGCUGGCUUUGCAGAGUGCCUUAAAAUGACUUUAAUUAGUAGGAAAUUCUGAUUCUUCAGUCUUUGGAUGUUACAGAAACUCAAACAGAUGUUACAUUUCACUUCUCUGGGAUUAAAAAAAAAGUUAAAUACAGUAUGUAUUCAACCAACAAA